CAACUGCACGAGCGCCCGACCGGUUUUUCAGAAGAACAAGGAGAAGGAGUUGACGAGUCCGAAUUUUUUGCACCACGAGCGGCCUCGUCUUGCCGGCGGGUGUUGGGCCGCGAGACCGAGGCUCACAUUGAAGCGGACAACAGGGACAGCCGAGCGGACACCGCCGUCCUCAC